AUGGAGGAACACGCCAAGCGCCGGCACGCGGCGUGGCUUGCUCAGAAAGCCCGGGAAGCAAGCCAGGAAACGAACGCCACAGGGCACAACCCGGCCCAGGACGAAGGGCCGGGAACCAACCCCGGCGAAAACCAUUCCGACGAAAACCUCUCCAGCGAGCACCUCUAUCACAAACCACCCCGGUCCCAACCCCGAUUCCAACCUCGGUCCAUUGUACCAGUUCCUAACGCCUUGUACCAGACCCGAGCACAUGGAACGGACAGGGAAGCUGCCACAGGCGGUCUUGCCAAACGAGCGAAGACAGCGUCAGGAGAGGGCCCUUCAGCAGCCACAGGCCCUUCGGCAGCCACAGGCCCUUCAGCCACAGGCCCUUCGGCAGCCACAGGCCCUUCAGCCACAGGCCCUUCGGCAGCCACAGGCCCUUCAGCCACUGGCCCUUCAGCCACUGGCACAUCAGUGGAUAGCGGUUCGUCACCGGUCGUUAUUGGCCUGGCCAUCUUCACGCUGAAUGAAGUCUUGAUAAUUUGCUGCACAGUACUUCAAGUAGCUUCCUACGCAAAGGGCUGGGCGAGCGGAGGAUUGCAUGGGAACGAAGGAAGUGGAGAGACGGCGGAGUACAUGAGCGAUGGGGUGCGGCAGAGGGUUAAAAUGACGCCUAAAAAACGAGUUAGCGUGAGAGGGAUGGACCCUCGAGGCGCGGUCGAAGUGGAAGCGAGUGGUGCGGAGUCGGUGUUGGAGCUGCCUACAUUUGGGACAGUAGAUGAGUUUAGCUUCACAUUGGUUAGUUGGAAUCUGGAUGGUAUUUCUGAGGAAGGGUUGGCAGGUCGAACAUUAUAUUUUAUAGACCAAGUGCGUUCCCGAAAGCCAGCCGUGUGCCUAUUACAGGAGGUUGUGGAUCUGAGUUAUGAAAUCAUCAAGCGUUACCUCUCCGGUCCCUACCAUUUGAUAACACCGACUGCGCCACCGUUAGCGACAAAGUCUCCAAAGGCACAUGGAUACUACAACGUUAUCUUGCUGAGCAAGUAUCACUGGGAUCUGGUGGACGAGUCCGUGGCUUUGUUCUAUCCCCAGACACAGAUGGGACGGCACUUGCUGUUCCAAAGGGUGAGGGCUAAAGGGCUCACGACUGGCCAAGACCUAUAUACCUUCGGUAGCACACACCUUGAAAGCCUCAAGCCGUCCGCGGAAGAGCGAAUAAGUCAACAUAAACAAGUGUUCAAUUUCAUGAACAAUGAGCUUGAUGCCUAUGACCGGAGUGUGGGGACAAGCGCCAUUGUGGAGAGGUCGUACUCCGUAAUUGUUGGAGGGGACUUCAACGCCCGUGACUCGGAGCUGAAGCGAAUGCACUACGGCCAAGGCGACCAGGCCGCUCGGCGACCCAGCGAUGUCUGGGAGCUGCUGGGGUCGCAGAACGAGACCCGGUACACCUGGGACAUGCGACGAAACGACAACCUUGGGCCCUGUAACAAAGCGGCGCUCCGCUUCGACCGAGUCUACAUACAAAACGGAAAAAACGCUGCCUGCUAUCCCAACCAAAUGGCGCUAGUCGGGACCCAAAGGAUAGGGGACAUGGGACUCCCCGGUGGCAAGAGCCUCUUUUGCAGCGACCACUGGGGAGUAGCAGUCAACUUCCAGUGCACCCUCGGCCGCCAAUCCGCAGGCACCAAUGACGAGCAAAAAGUGGACAAUGAACACAGGUAA